AAAUAAUUUACAUAAAUUAAAUGAAAGAUGACACAUUAAUAAUAAGAAUUACUACUUAUUCAAGUAUGUUUGCUGGAAUUAUUGGGAAAAUAGUUUGCCAUCCAAUUGACACUAUAAGAGCCAAGAUAUAAGUAUUUGAUAUUUAAAUUAAAAGAUUAGACAAACUAUGAUGGUAAAGAUAAAAGCUGAUAAAUUGAUUUCAACAUUAGCAAAAGAAACAAUAUAAACUGAGGGACUUCGUGGACUUUACAAAGGACUUGGAAUAACAAUAGUAUAAAUGAUAAUUCUAUAUAGGUAGGAACAGGACCUGCAUAUUCUUUAUAUUUAACUACAUAUGAGACAUCGAAAUACUUAUUAAAUAAAUUAAAUGUAAAAUAUAUGAUAAAGAGUAGUUUAUGAAAGAUAGUCCGAAUUUAAUAUCAUUUACAUCAGGAAUGAUGGCUGAAACAAUUAGUUGUAUUCUUUGGUUACCAAUAGAUGUAAUAAAGGAGAGAUUAUAGGUGUAAAGCAAUUUAAAAGUUUUUGAUUAUAAAAAUACAUUUGUAUAAGUUGUUUAUAUAAAAUAGGAUGCGAUAAAUAAAAUUUUAAGAUCAGAAGGAAUAGUAGGUUUAUAUAGAGCUUAUGGAGCAACAGUUGCUUCAUAUGGUCCAUUUAGUGCAUUCUAUUUUAUGUUUUAUGAGAAAUUAAAAAGUAUAAAAGACUAAGAAACUAAAUAGGAAUAUUGGAUAAUCCAUAAUAACCAUCAUUUUUAGAAAGUCUAUGUUUAUCAGGAAUAGCAGGAUCAAUGGCAGGAUUUAUUUGUAAUCCAAUGGAUAUAGUAAGAUUAAGAAUGCAAGUAUAGAGAGCAUCAUUAGCAACUCAUUCAGAAACAGGUAAUUUUGGAUAUAAGAAUUUGGUUCAUGGAAUUUUGAAAGUAAUAAAGAAUGAAGGAAUAUUAUCUUUAACAAAAGGAUCAAUGGCUAAAGUAUUAUAUACUUGUCCUAAUACUGCAAUAUCAAUGAGUGUAGCAGAAGUAACAAGAUCUUAUUUUAUUAAUAAAUAUCAGAAUCAUUGAAUAUAAUAUAAUAGCUAAAGGAAUAAAAUUUA